ACCAAUACAAGGAAAGAAACAAAAAAAAAUGGCAUUGCAAUUGCAUACUCUUAUUGAAUGUUCAAUAAGUCACCAUAAUCUCUUCAAAAUAAUUUUUUACUUUCUAUUCAUCUCAACUCUUAUUCACUCUACAACAUCUACAUCCAAUUGCACCAAAGAUUCCACUUCAACAAUUUACAAAAAGUUUUUAAAGACUCAAUGUAAUUCAACCACAUACCCAAAUGUUUGCUACAAGUCACUUUCUCCAUACACAUCAAAAAUCAAAACAAACUCUUUAACACUCACCAAAAUAUCUAUCUAUCUAGCCCUAAAAUCAGCAAGAAGUGCAUCAAUGACAUUGAAAAGACUAAGUUCUAAGAAGCUAACACAUGCCGAAACAUUGGUCAUUGCCGAUUGUAGCGAAAAUGUUGAAGACACGGUGGAUUCACUUGAAGAUUCGGCCGAUGGACUUGUGCAUUUGAAUGGUACUACAACUAGUGAUGAAAGGUUUCAAUGGGAUACUAUAAAGACAUGGAUGAGUGCAGCUAUAACUAAUGAGGGAACAUGUACGGAUGAAUUUGAUGAAAUGGAAGUGAGGUCUUCAAUAAAGAAAAUGAUCAAAACAAGUGUUGGUAAUCUUCUUUUCAUGACUAGCAAUGCUUUGGCUUUUGUAAACAGGCUUUCCUUCUAGAUUAUGGUUUUGGAUCGCGGUUGUGGUUAAGCUACGAAUCUUUAGUGCAGCAAAAUAUGGGAAAUGCAGUUGAAGCAGUCGAAAUUGCAAUGUUAUUGCAAAGACCUCAAAAUCUUUUAUAUAAUGCGACUACCAUCGUGAUUGCACACUACAAUUUAAAACCGUGACUACUAGUCAUUCGAUUAAGAAACUAUUAUGUUAAAAGGAAAUAUGUUUCGAUAUAUAUAACAAUUGGAUUUGUAAUUUUUUUUAGGGAGUUUAUACUUGUGUGUAAUGGUUGUUUCAUGUGUUAAUUAUACUAAAGUUAAUGUAAAUUUGUGGAUUCACUCAAAUGGUUCUCAUUAAUGUAAAAUUUGUUAGAAA